UAUAAUGAAUUUUGCGACUGAUAUUGUAAUAGUUCAAUGUACUUUCCAAAAUCAAGUUAUUUGAAAUACUUAUCACAAUUCAUCAAAACUGAAUACAUCAAUAAUUUCCACGUUUUGUUUUGAUUUUAUUCAAAUUAUACAUUGUAACCUGACAUAAAAAUGGAACAAAAGAAUAAUAGUUAGUAGUUCGAGUGAACUGGAAGUGUUGUAUUUUUUGCUAUUUAUAUCAACUGACAGCAGGAAACGAUAUGAAACUCAACCUGCUCCUGUUAUUCUCGUUCUUCUUCAUAUCUACUGCUUCAGUGCUAAAACCAUCUUGCGAAUUUCUCAGUGAUGAAAAGUCUUAUAUAUGCAAAAAUAUCAAAGAACAGUUCCCAAAAUCUAGAGUAUACUUUGGAACUUCAAACCUACAAUGUAGACAAUGUCAAGUCAACACAUUUUCUGCAACCACAUUUCCAUAUGAAAAUAGCCUGAUAUCUCUAAAUAUGUCGAAUAGCGAAAUAGAAGUUUUAGCUCCUGAGGCGUUUUCAUUCUUCGGAAAUAUUCAAUAUCUAUAUUUAGAUAACAAUAUUAUUAAAAAUAUUUCUGUGAACGCAUUCAACGGUCUACGACAACUCUAUCAGGUUAAUCUGGAUAACAACCUCAUCGUGGAUUUGAUACCUGGAUUUUUGAAUGGAUUAGAAGUGAAUACGCUCUCAAUGUCCAAUAACAAAAUUAAAAAACUACCAGCUGAUGCGUUUCAAGGAGUCUUGACUCUAUUAAACCUAAAUCUUGAAAGUAAUCAUAUUCACCAUAUAGACUACAAUAGUUUCACAGGAUUGGAUACCAUAGAGAUUUUGGAGUUGCAAAAUAACAAGUUAUGCUAUUUACCAAUCGGUAUUUUCAGAGAGCUCACAACACUCCAGUUUCUCAAUCUAGCCAACAAUAAACUCACCAAAUUUUCGAUGGGCACUUUUUCUGGUUUGAGGUAUCUACAAAAGUGUAUUUUGGCGAAUAACUCUAUUCAAGUGUUUGAAGGAACGGAAUUAUUACCUAUGCAGCAUUUGAAUGCUUUAGACUUAAGUGGAAAUUCCAUUUACUAUUUGGACUCUCACAUGCUUAUGUCAAGUGCACCUACUAUAAGGUUUCUACACAUCAAUGACAAUAUAUUUUCUUGUAUAUUUCUUACUAAUGUGAUCCAGUAUUUCAAAGAAAAGGGAGUGACAAUUGUGACGGAUAUAGGAAAGUAUGAUAUCCAAAAUAUUCAUGGUAUUGCAUGUAUUGAAGACUACGUAAGGAAUGUAAUACCUAAAGAUCAGUUUUUCAAAAAAGCUCUUGAGGAAUCACAAAGAUCUGUUUUGUAUUGCUAAUUUGUAUACUCUGGUAUUGUAUUAAAGGAAUCAAUCAAGCACAUA